AUGUAUUUUAGUAGUAGUGAACCUGAAGUUCGUGCAUCACGUGAAGGAUUUGAUAUACGACCAUUCGUUAAACAAAUCGAUGCUGCACCUGCUGAAUGGCCCGUACAAAUAAAUUAUCUUUAUUUACCUUACCAUGUUGAUAAUAAUGAUGUACAAUCGAUUACAAUUGAAGCAACACCAAUUUUUGUAUUUGGAUCUGCUUUUUAUCGAAUUGAUAAAAUGUCGUCAAUCGAUGAAGAUUUUCGUCUUAUAACAACAUCAGACUUAAUGAGUGAUUUACAAAGGCAAUCAUUUAUAUUAGAUAAUGAUGCUCAACGUCAAAUUGUUCAAAUUGUUUUGAAAUUGUUAAAUAAUACAAAUGAGGAAGUACAAAAUCAAGCUGUUAAAUGUCUUAGUUUAUUAGUAUAUAAAAUAAAAGAAGAUCAAAUUCGAAUAAUAUGUCAAACAUUAUGUUCAAAUUGUACAAAUGUAUCUACAAUUACUAAACAAUUACGUUACAUUUCAAAUCUUGGUUUAAAAGCUGUCAUGGAAUCAUUAAUAAUAAAUGGUAAUGGUUUGGACAAUAAAGCUCAUAUUCUAAAGGAAAUAAUGAAUUAUUUCAUAAAUGAUAUUCGUAAUGAAGAACUUGAAACAACAACAGAUUUAAAUAUAAUUAUCUUUAUGCUAACAAAAACAAUUAAAAACAAAAAUAUAUAUUGGGAAUUUCAUCAGAAAUUAAAAGAAAUAAUAUUAAAACUUUUAUAUUCCAAUAAAAAAAACACAAAUGCGCUCUGUAAUAUAUUAUCAACAAUACAAACUUCAAUUCAACAUAUAAAUUCAUUAGAUGAAGCAAAAUUUAAAAAACUUAUUCAACGUAUUGCUGAAAAAACAGGACAACAAAAUGAAACAAUAUUUACAAUAGAUGAAUUAAAUAAAUUAGAAAAUGCUUUUAAUUUAUCAAUAGAUAAUAUUAAACAAAUGAUUGAAACAAUUGAAUAUAUGUUUCUACAAUCAGCAUAUCAUUUAAUAAAACCACAAAUACUUGAAAAUGAUUUAAUUAAUGAACAAAAUUUUGAUGAAAAUAAAGCAAAAAUAUUUGUUGAACAAUGGUCAAUAAAUGCAAAAGAAAUUGUUGAACGUUUAAAAACUUCUCAUAUUGCUUCAUAUUCAUUAUCUGAUAUACAUUGGACAUUAGAUGUUGGUAUAACACAAUCAAGUAAAAGUAAAGUUAAACGACCAAUAGCUAUAUAUGAAUUUCAACUUAAAAAUGAACAAACAAAACAAAUUGAAAAUAUACAAACUGAAUUUAAUAAAGAUGAACUUUAUACAUUUUUCGAAAAGCUUGAAUCAAUUCAAAGUCAAUUAGAUGCAUUGAUGACAUGA